UGCGUCUUCUGUGUAAAAGCUUCUCAUCAUCAAGAAACUUAAAUCUAUAGAAAAAUGGACCAGAGGGGUGGGUGCUGUAUAGCAAGGUACGCCGGGGGUGCGUAUGAUAUGUCUAAGGUGGACCGUAUAAUGCUUAGGUUUCGUCCCAUAGCUCCAAAACCAGCUUCCACCAACGGAUCUCUUUCCGGUGGUGGAAGCAGCGGAUCCACCACGCCGGAAAACAGCGGCCCGUCUGUUAAAACAGGCCGCGGUAAGAGAAGGCAUGCGGCUAAAGAUGGGAGUAAUAGUACUGUGAACAAGCGGAAUUGUAAUAGCAGGAGAAGGAAGUCAUCGCCGCAAAACACCGACUCCGGUGGAUCUGUUUCCGGCGAAGAGAAGGUUGUUAAAACUCUGCCGUUACUGCCGGAGGUAUCAGAGGUGAAGGAAAGUCCGAAGGUAGCGUCGAAGAAGAGUUUUCCUUUGUGGCUGAGCUUUGGAAAUGGAGGAAGCGGUGGUGGGAUGGUGGCUCCUGCGGCGGCUCGAUCGGGUUUGGACGAUCCAACGGCGCCGAUGGGGCGGAUGGUGGUGGUGGGGUCGUGGGUGAAGGUGGAAUGCGUGACGGACACGUGGGUGGUGGGUUGUUAUGGCUACGACGGAAUAGGGCGUACGGACGAGGAGAGGGUGAGGAGUUUGGAUCUGGACACGUGUCCGGGGUUCAUAUCCGACGGCCUGAACAGGGUAAGGUGGACGAAUGCGGCGUACAGGAGGAUGGUGGCGGGGGAAGGGGCCGGGGAGGGGGAGGUGGCGGCGUGGUUGGUGGUGGAGGAGGGGGUGAGCCUGCCGGUAGGAUGCACGGCGUUCACGUGCAGGGUGAAGGUGGUUACGUGCGGGAAGGAGAAGAACCCUAAAACGGUGCCGUGCGACGUGUGGAGAAUGGACUGUGGAGGGUUUGCAUGGAGACUGGACACUACGGCUGCACUCUCUUUGGGUCGGUAAUUAAGUAAAUCAAGUGGAUUAGGAUCUAAUUAAUCGCUAAUCAAAAUCGUGCUAGUAGCAGCAGUACUACUUCUUCUGUUUAGCGACUACUGAUGCAGAAGUCCCCUUAGAAAUUGUAAAUACUCCUUUUCCUUUCCUUCCCCCUAUUUCCUAUCCCUUUUUUUAAUUUUUGCCCCAAUUUUAGAACAUGAAAGUAUGCACCAAUGCCAAUUUCUCUUGAAUUUAUAUGUUUUGAGUGACAAGAAAAUAGUGAUCAAAUCCUGUUUUAGCAUUAAUAAAUCUUUUUCAUUUAAUUACAGCAG